UUAAAGGGAUGUGCCGUGGAAAAUAAGUGCUGUAUAGUGAUCGGAUGAGAGAGAGUGUUUAUGGGUCAAGGGGUGACCAGAAAAAGAGAUCAGUGCUUGAGGAAACAUUUGUGAUAAUAUGCCUGCAGCAACGAUGUUCUCAAAGUUCAAAAGUGGUACAGCUGCUCCACAGAAUCCAAUCGACAGCAAUCCCAUAUCGCAAUAUUUCGAAAUUGGCCGACAAACAGCAGCAGCUGGACCGGAAUUGGUCUGGAAAAUAUAUGAGGCUUACAAGAAAUGCGACGGCAAGGAGUGCUCAAUAUUCCUAUUUGAGAAACGUUGUGCAGAGAAGCUGCAUAAGCCGAAGCGAAAGGAGACGGUCACAGAACUUCUGAGGGCAUCCGUGAAGCAACUGGAACGAUAUCGUCACCCAAAGAUGCUGCAAGUCAUCCAUCCUGUGGAGGAAUGUGGAGAGACAUUGGCCUUUGCCACCGAACCAAUACUCGCCAGUUUGGCCAAUGUGUUGGCUUUUCAGGAGUCUGGUGGCGGAAUCACGGGACCACCGAGCACAGGAGCCUCCCAGUGCACCCCACCACCAGGUGCAACACCAAAAGCACUACACGCCAAGGAGUAUCGAUUUCUCGAUAUUGAACUGAAAUAUGGAAUAUUACAGAUCAUCGAGGCCUUGUCAUUUCUUCACUAUUCUGGCCAUGUGAUACACAAAAAUGUCUGUCCCUCAUCAAUUCUGGUGACAAAGAAGGGAACGUGGAAGUUGGCGGGUCUUGAAUUCAUUGAGCACGUCAAUGAAUCUGAUGCUGUUGAACCAAUUGUCUGUCAACCAUGGAGUUCGAGACAGUCAAAAAUGAUGCAACCCAAUUUAGAUUUUAUGGCUCCUGAAAUUCAAAUCCGCUCAACUUGCAGCAUCCUCAGUGAUAUGUUCUCAUUGGGAAUGGUGAUUUGUGCAAUAUUCAAUCAUGGACGACCAUUAAUUCAAGCAAAUAACUCCACUUCAGCGUAUUUAAAGCAAUUAGAACUGUUGGACGAUGGUGUACACAACAUGCUUCCGCGCGUUCCAAUUCCACUCCAAGAAGCAACAUCCAGGCUAGUGAGCAAGGAACCAACCUCCAGACCUACAGCUCAACUUCUUCAGUUGAUUAAAUAUUUUGCCGAUCCCGCAGUUCAUGCCCUCCAGUUUCUCGAUGUGAUAAAUAUGAAGGAUUUGCCACAGAAGGUGAAUUUCUAUCGAACAACCCUCAAAGAGGUGCUUCCCUACAUCCCUCGAAAAUUGUGGUGGCAGCACGUUUGGCCCUCCCUUCAGCCUGAUCUCAAAACACAGGAUUCCCUGGCAGCUGUCCUCCAACCCAUCCUUGUUCUCGUCCAAGAAUCCACUGUCGAGGAAUAUGAAGGAACUAUUUUACCCAUUUUUCGUUGCCUCUUCGUGUCGCCGAAAACUGUCCAAGCCACGGUAACAUUGCUGGAAAAUUUACAUUUAAUUCUGCAAAAGACGUCCCGAGAUGAGAUUCGCCUGGAAAUUCUCCCACUCCUCUUCAAUGCCUUCGAAAGUACCACGAUUCAGGUGCAGAAUGCUGCCCUCGUGGCUGUCAUAAAUGUUUAUGAGUAUCUGGAUGAAAUGGCCAUCAGACGGAUGAUCCUGCCAAAGAUGAAAUUGGUGUUUGAGAAGAAUCAGAGUGACCUUAAGAUUAUGGCAAAUGUGCUACAGUGCAUUGAGAAAAUCUUCGACAAGCUGGACAAGUCGCAGAUCAUCGAUGAGGUUCUCCCACUUCUCUGGGAGGUCCGUCUCUCAGAUCCAGAAAUAAUCCUCCGUGUUGUGCAUAUCUACCGAAUAAUGUUGAGCGACAAGAAGUACGGACUCUCUGUGAACAUAAUGGCAACCAGGGUGAUGCCAUCCCUACUUCCACAGACCGUAAAUCCUUCCUUAAACCUCGAACAAUUCACAAUUUUACUAGAGGUUCUACAAGAGAUGCUGGACCACAUUGAUCGGCAGCAGCGAAACAAGCUGAAGCUGGACAAUUUGUCUAUUCCAUCUCCAGAACGUCAUCGUCCACUACGACAUCAAUUCUCAUCGGACAAUAUGCAUGUGCCCCCCUUCAACAUCCCCAAUCUCCGUAUCGACCAACGAAAAACAUCCAGCGCCGAGGACAUGGCACGAAAGAAUUCAACAGGUUCAGGCAUGCUGGGCGGAUGGUUUUUCGGUGGAUCUCCCUCCUCGCCGGACAGUAAUUUCCUUCGUGUGGCCAACGCAUUUCCCAACAGACGCCUCUCGGACAACACGCUAAUGACACCCAAGAUCCGUAUUGCACCAUCCUGCGCCUCCUCUCCAGGUGGCACUCCCGGUGGGGGUUUGCCUAUAAGACGACACUCGAGUAUCGGUCCCCAGGAACGUCGCAGCUCUGCUAUCAACCUAUCCCCACCGACUCUUGCACGGAGCAUGAUCGGCGGCUCCAUGCCCAACACAUCGAGCAGUGUACCCUUCCUGCUCUCCUCCAGUAUGCAGUCCAUCCGCUCCAGGAGACCAUCCACGUGCUUGUCAUCGGGACCACUUGGCUCGGGUUCCGGACUGCUGCAGCAACUCGGCUCGGGCAUGUACCAGCUGUUCUCCGGUCGAACAUAAAAUGUUUUCCCACCCCCCUUCGUGAACAUGUGAACACUCAUACGAUCACACACUGAGCGCUAAUCACGGUUAUCACGAAUCAUGCGUUUGAGAUGCCGACGCGCCACAAAAAUGAUCAAAGUUCUGCUUUCGACAGGUGUUAGGGGUCAAUCUGUCUCCUUCAAAUUAAAACAAAAGAGGAGACAAAAGCAAAACAAACAUUUAAGAGAAAAAGAUAUAAUCAAUUCUUGUAGUAUUAUGGUGGAAACACAUUAACAUAAUACUCUGUCAUGGAAGAUUUUAAUAAAUUGCAAUGAAAAGGAGUUUGAAUUAAAGAUUUUCUAUAUUGUUUUUUUUUUUCUAUAAAAGAAAUUCAAUUGCAAAUAUAACUUAGAGGUUAUGUUGGAAAAUGAGGUUAAGGUACAACUUUAGGGUGACGUAAGCUAAAAAUAUUUUUCGUACUGCAGAGAAACAAUUUCAAAAAGAUAUUUAAUAAAUUCUUGGCCUUAGGAGCUGGAGUACAAUUUUCAUAUUUUUCUGUCUGACAAACACAAGAGGUUAUGUUAGAAAAUAAGGUUAUGUGUAGGUACAACCUCAUGACAACAUCCUUUGGAGAUUUAUAUUUUCUAUAACGAAGUAAUUUAAAGCAUUGACCAAAUUAUUAAUCUUGAGAGAAUAUUUAAAAGCUGUUUUCACAAUUUUCUGCUUGAAAGCAACACAGGAAGUUAUUUUAAAAAGAAAAUAAGGUUAGGGGAGAUAUAACAACAUAACAACAUCCUCUGGAGUAUUAUAUUUUCCAUAACGGAGUAAUUAAAAUGUCCAAGAAAGUGAAUCAAGCCAUUUACUCAGUUUAUUUUAUGUUAUCACAACCUUAACCCAUUCCUUACCAUGGUAUUAUACAUCAUACGCAAAUUGAGUGAUUUUUGAUGAUUUAUUUCUGGGCAAUUUUUAUCCGAAUUACUGUCGGAAAUGGAUUUUUAGUAACGUUAGUUAUUCAAUUACUCGAGAAAAAUAGUCCGACAGAGAUGGAAAUACAUUUUAUUGUUCAUUUCUCACUUCGCGGAAGUUCAUGCAAAAUUUUUGCUCAAAAUGGCGAAUGGAAAAUUCUACAUACCGACGAAUUUGUUAAAAUUGGCGUCUUUCCUCCUUCUUGAUUUGAAUUCUAGUUGCCAAUUUAUUUUCUUGGAUAGUUACUCUAUCUAAAGCAAUAGAGUUUGUAAUGAAUUAAUGCACAGAAUUUAAAUUCAGUGACCGUUAAGACGUGCGUUUGACAGAGGCUCCCCGCGCCCCCAUAUGAGAUAUUAGGUGAGAUUCUUAACAAUCUCACCUACUAUUUUUUUUUCCUUUCAAAAAAUUCAUCUAUUAAUCCGUAGGAAACUAAUCCCAAAAUAUGAACAUUCUAUCUCAAGUAUUUCUGGUACAUUGACUGAAUGGGUUAAAGUUAAUCUUUUUCUUUAUUUUAAUUUAUACGGCUGUCGGAUUCAAACAGAUUCAUAUAGCCAAGCCUUAAAGUUCUGUAAACAGUAACUCUAUGUCGAAUGAACCUUAAAUAACCUAACCUUAAUUUAGAAGAAAAAUGGGAUUGCAAUUUUCUCAUUUCUUACGGUUCACAGUUAAAUGCAACAGUUUAUUACGAUUUUAGUGAAAACUUAAAAACUAUUACUUAAAGAAUGUUUUGUUUAGGAUAACCUCAAAGUCCUAAAAUCAGUAUAUCGACGGCUCCAUUUCAUACUAUUCUAAGUCGACUUAGAAUUAUAUUACUCCGAAAAAUAUUUUGUUCCUGGGACCGAGAUCUACAACUGGUGAAAAUUUGGUGGUCAUCCGGCGUUCGGGUAACGAGAUAUUCAAUUUUUUCGAAAAAAAAUUACACAGGCAGCAUAGAAAAUCGCCAACUUCAAAUGGCUCUCCUGAAAUGUUGUCAUUCUGAGAUAGAAUAGUAUGGAAUGGAACCGUCGAUAUGUAUGUUGAAUAAAUAACCUUAAUAACCUUAAAAACCUAACCUUAAUAUUGAAGAAAAAUUAAAAUGCAGUUUUCUCAUUUCUUCGGGUUCACGGUUAAUUGAAGCAAAAUAUUAUUAUUUUAGUGAAAAUUUCGAUUUUUUUCUAAUGGAGGUGAAGUUUAAGAUAACCUAAAAGUACUCCAAAGUGUAACUAUAUGAUUUUAAUCAAAUUUCUCAAUUUUUUGUAGUAAUUUCCGUUAAUUUAUUAAAAAAAGUAAGGUUAGAAUUUAGCAUAAAACAAAUAACUUAAAAGAUUUAAACUCACCCAAAUUAUGUUAAAAAUCUCUCUAUUUGUCUUACAAAUAGACACAAAUUGGUAAAAAUAAUUGAUUGUGAUGGGGAGAAUUCUUGCAGACUGCUUCAAGAAAGCACUAGAGGUUAUGUUUACCAUAACCUCCAAAAUAUCUUCAAAAUAUCUAUCUCCAAAAUAUCUUCUCAGCUAAGUACAAGAAUUUUGCAAUUAGUAUUAUUUUAUAAACUGAAAGUUAGUUUUAGAAAUUUUUCCGGGGUAUUAUAACCUAAAAGAAACGCAAAUUCUUUUCUUCAUUUUCCUUAAAAGAUUUUUCUUGCAAAUUACGAAAUUUCAUAAGUAAACAAGACGAUUUUCUAAAGUAAAAUACUAUAAAAUAGUGGUUACGGACCGAAAUAACCUCACUUUCUGCCACAUUAAGAAAAUAACCUCACUUUCCAUUUAAAUACUGCUGUAUGUAUUUUGUUUAUCAUAAGCAGCCUUAUAAAAACAGAAAAUAUUUCUAAUUUUUUAGGUUUUGCAAAAAAAAUUGAACAGUAAAUACUUCAUUUAAUCCAAAUGGAUUUGCUAUGUGGCAAAAAAUGCAAAUUUAAGGUUAAGAUUGAUAUAUUCGAUCAUAUCAUUGCAAUAUUAAUUAUUGUUAUGUGUCAGUUGUUAAAUUUCCAUGAUAUGACAGCAGUGUUAUGUUAAUGUGUUUCAGCGGCUAAACAAAAUGAGUCUCUGUGUCUUUUUUUUCUAAAAUUCUUUCAAUUAAUUGUUUUUAAUUAUCAUUUUUUGCAAAGUACGAAAAAUAAAAGAACACAAAAGGGCAAAUUUUCCUCCUAAUUGCACAGUGAAAAAAAUAAUAAUCCAGCAAAUAAGUAAGAUGUGAAGGAAAGGGAGCAAGAGGAAAAUGAAAAACAUUAUUUUUUAUGAUUAUUAGAAGAAAAUAGAAUUUUAAAUACCUGAAAAAAAAAACAAAAACAAUCAUUGAAAAAAUGACUCUUUUUCUCUUCAAGCAUAAAGCAAAAAGAAACAGGAAAAGAAUUUUAAAUGAGAAAUAAAAGAAGUAGCAGUGAAAACAUGAAAAACAUAACCUUUUAAAAAAUGCAAGAGAUAUUGAAAUUUAUACAAUAUUGCAAAUGAGGAUUUUUCCUCAGGUGGAUAAAAAAAAAACAAGAAUAAUGAAGAAACUUAGGAGGGAAAAGAAGUGAAUAAACCGAUAUAAAUCCAAUUUAGCAUACACCUCCCAGAACUUUUCACUGCAAGAGAGAAAUAAUGUGAAAUUUUUUGAAAUUUAUUACACUCUAAGUUUUAAUUAAUUUCUCGGUAGUUGAAAGGCUGAUGAAACUAUCUUAUAUUUACUUUAUACUUCUUUUUAUCCUUCAAAUCACUCUUUUGUCCUCUUUGCAAAAUUGAAAAUUUACCAAAUCUUUGUGAAAGCAAUUUAUUUUUCUUUUUUUUGGAACAAAUGAUGAAAUAUUGCAUUUUAUCUCAUUUGAAAAUUUCAUCUUUUUGUCUCUAUCUCGUUCCUUGUAAAAGUUGCAUUCAUCCAGUUUUAUUUUUACUUUUCCUAAUUUUCUUCAUCAUUUUUCUCUAUCUUUGAUCUUUUUAUCACAAAAUAUUAUGUACAAUCUCAAUAUCUACCCAACCUCACAUAAAAGAAUCUCUAAAAGACAGAAAAAAUACCAGAAUUUCAAAAUUUCAUAAACAUUUCCUUCUGUAUCAAACCUUCAUUGUUGGCCUAUAUUCUUUUUAUUUCUAAUAAAGAUUUUAAACAAUAAAUUUUUCACAUUAGAAAUUAUUCUUUUUGGGGGGAAAUUCUGGUAAUUAUACAAAUAUUGCGAUAACUGAGAGAAUUUUUAAUAAAAUAUUUCCUUUAAUUUCCAAACUCAAAGAGGAAUUAACUAUAGAAAAAAAAGAAAUAAAUGUGAAGAGAAAUUUUGAAAAAGAAAAAAAGUAUAUCAGUGUGUAAACAUUUCUAUAA